GAGGAGGAAGUCUCCGCCGAGGACUCAGCCAAUCGCGGCGCGCGGUGGGCGGGACCCCAGUCCAAACUUUACGCGGCGCCAUCGGCUGAAAACUAAACCGAGAUGGAAUCUCCCAGUCUGAACCGGUUUCAACCGGUUGAGAGUUAGUUGCUUGAGAGAGGAGAGGAGGCGCAGGCACACAACCUCCAAACCGCCCCGCCGGAAAAUCAUUAGAGUAACGAAUUAAUUACUGAAUCAAGGUUUCAUUUGAUUCGUAAGAUGUAACGGAGUGACAGGUUGUUGGGUUUGCCGUGAUAGUAGCUUUGGAGUCCACAUCAGUGGUUGUUGCCAGCCAGACAUCACUCACUGCUGGAGCUGGAGAUAGAGUCAACGCUGCAGAAAAAUAGGAAAUCUUUUUCCAAUCAACAGUGAUACUCAAGUACUCACUAGAUCUUGUAGCUCCUCUGGCAAACGCCACUUCUUUCAGUCAGAGCCUUGGACUUUAGAGCUCUAUGCCAGCAAUUAUGACAAUGUUAGCAGACCAUGCAGCACAGCAGCUGCUGGACUUCAACCAGAAACUGGAUAUCAACCUGCUGGAUAACGUGGUGAACUGUCUAUAUCAUGGGGUGGGACCACAGCAAAGAAUGGCACAAGAAGUGCUGACACACUUAAAGGAGCAUCCAGAUGCCUGGACGAGAGUGGACACCAUCCUGGAGUUCUCCCAGAACAUGAACACCAAAUACUAUGCUCUUCAGAUUCUGGAAACGGUUAUCAAAACAAGAUGGAAGAUCCUCCCGAGGAAUCAGUGUGAAGGUAUAAAAAAGUAUGUGGUUGGACUCAUUAUCAAGACUUCAUCAGAUGCAUCAAACGUAGAGAAAGAAAAAGUGUACAUUGGAAAGCUGAACAUGAUCCUGGUCCAGAUCCUGAAGCAGGAGUGGCCCAAGCACUGGCCCACCUUCAUCAGCGACAUCGUGGGAGCGAGCCGCACCAGCGAGAGCCUGUGCCAGAACAACAUGGUCAUUCUCAAGCUGCUCAGCGAGGAGGUGUUCGACUUCUCCAGUGGCCAGAUGACUCAGGUCAAGGCCAAGCACCUAAAAGACAGCAUGUGCAAUGAGUUCUCCCAGAUAUUCCAGCUCUGUCAGUUUGUCAUGGAAAAUUCCCAGAAUGCCCCUCUGGUCCACGCCACUCUGGAGACCCUCUUGCGUUUUCUCAACUGGAUUCCUCUGGGAUACAUCUUCGAAACCAAGCUGAUCAGCACGCUGGUGUACAAGUUUUUGAACGUGCCGAUGUUCCGCAACGUGACGCUGAAGUGCCUGACGGAGAUCGCCGGAGUGAGCGUCAGCCAGUACGAGGAGCAGUUUGUGACCCUCUUCACUCUGACCAUGUGUCAGCUCAAACAGAUGCUGCCUCUGAACACCAACAUCCGCCUGGCCUACGCCAACGGCAAGGACGACGAGCAGAACUUCAUCCAGAACCUCAGCCUGUUCCUGUGCACGUUCCUCAAAGAGCACGGCCAGCUCAUCGAGAAGCGCCUCAACCUCAGAGAGACGUUAAUGGAGGCCCUGCACUACAUGCUGCUGGUGUCGGAGGUGGAGGAGACCGAGAUCUUCAAAAUCUGUCUGGAGUAUUGGAACCACUUGGCUGCUGAGCUGUACAGAGAGAGUCCCUUCUCCACGUCCACGUCCCCUCUGCUCUCCGGGAACCAGCACUUCGACGUCCCGCCGCGCCGACAGCUCUAUCUGCCGGUCCUGUCCAAGGUGCGUCUGCUGAUGGUCAGUCGGAUGGCGAAGCCGGAGGAGGUCCUGGUGGUGGAGAACGACCAGGGCGAGGUGGUCCGAGAGUUCAUGAAGGACACAGACUCCAUCAACCUCUACAAGAACAUGAGGGAGACUCUGGUGUACCUGACUCACCUGGACUACGCCGACACCGAGCGCAUCAUGACGGAGAAGCUUCACAACCAGGUGAACGGCACCGAGUGGUCCUGGAAGAACCUCAACACGCUGUGCUGGGCCAUCGGCUCCAUCAGCGGCGCCAUGCACGAGGAGGACGAGAAGAGGUUCCUGGUCACCGUCAUCAAGGACCUGCUGGGUCUGUGCGAGCAGAAGAGAGGGAAGGACAACAAGGCCAUCAUCGCCUCCAACAUCAUGUACAUCGUCGGCCAGUAUCCACGCUUCCUCAGAGCUCACUGGAAGUUCCUCAAAACCGUGGUCAACAAGCUCUUUGAGUUCAUGCACGAAACCCACGACGGCGUGCAGGACAUGGCGUGCGACACCUUCAUCAAGAUCGCACAAAAAUGCCGGCGCCACUUCAUCCAGGUGCAGGUGGGCGAGGUGAUGCCCUUCAUCGACGAGAUCCUCAACAACAUCAACACCAUCAUCUGCGACCUCCAGCCCCAGCAGGUGCACACGUUCUACGAGGCGGUGGGCUACAUGAUCGGAGCCCAGACGGACCAGGCCGUGCAGGAGCACCUGAUAGAGAAGUACAUGCUGCUGCCCAACCAGGUGUGGGACAGCAUCAUCCAGCAGGCCACCAAGAACGUGGACAUCCUGAAGGACCCCGAGACCGUGAAGCAGCUGGGCAGCAUCCUGAAGACCAACGUGCGAGCCUGCAAGGCGGUGGGCCACCCCUUCGUCAUCCAGCUGGGGCGCAUUUACCUCGACAUGCUCAACGUCUACAAGUGCCUGAGCGAGAACAUCUCGGCCGCCAUCCAGACCAACGGUGAGAUGGUGACGAAGCAGCCGCUGAUCCGCAGCAUGAGGACGGUGAAGCGGGAAACCCUGAAGCUGAUCUCGGGCUGGGUCAGCCGAUCCAACGACCCCCAGAUGGUCGGAGAGAACUUCGUUCCGCCGCUGCUGGACGCCGUCCUCAUCGAUUACCAGCGCAACGUGCCGGCCGCCCGCGAGCCCGAGGUCCUCAGCACCAUGGCCACCAUCGUCAACAAGCUGGGGGGCCACAUCACCAGCGAGAUCCCCCAGAUCUUCGACGCCGUCUUCGAGUGCACGCUGAACAUGAUCAACAAGAACUUUGAGGAGUUCCCGGAGCACCGGACCCAUUUCUUCUACCUGCUGCAGGCGGUCAACUCGCACUGCUUCCCCGCCUUCCUCGCCAUCCCCCCGGCCCAGUUCAAGCUGGUGCUGGACUCCAUCAUCUGGGCCUUCAAGCACACCAUGAGGAACGUGGCCGACACCGGCCUGCAGAUCCUCUACACCAUGCUGCAGAACGUGGCUCAGGAGGAGGCGGCGGCUCAGAGCUUCUACCAGACGUACUUCUGCGACAUCCUGCAGCACAUCUUCUCCGUGGUCACCGACACGUCGCACACGGCCGGCCUGACGAUGCACGCCUCCAUCCUGGCCUACAUGUUCAACCUGGUGGAGGAGGGGAAGAUCACCACGACGCUGAACCCCGCCAACCCCGCCAACAACCAGGUCUUCAUCCAGGAGUACGUGGCCAACCUGCUCAAGACCGCCUUCCCCCACCUACAAGAUGCUCAGGUGAAGGUGUUUGUGACCGGCCUGUUCAGCCUAAACCAGGACAUUCCCGCCUUCAAGGAGCACCUGAGGGACUUCCUGGUCCAGAUCAAGGAGUUUGCGGGCGAGGACACCACGGACCUGUUCCUGGAGGAGCGGGAGGCGUCGCUGCGUCAGGCUCAGGAGGAGAAACACAAGAUCCAGAUGUCGGUUCCGGGCAUCCUCAACCCUCACGAGAUCCCCGAGGAGAUGUGCGACUGA